AGCAAGCAAUCCAGCACGAAAAUAAGCAUCGUGUGCCGCUGGCUUUAGUCAGAUUCGCUUGUGUUUAGCAUCAGAACGCAACGUGCAAAAACACUGUUUUCAUUAAUUUAUUUUUUAUUGUUUAGACGGAUGAAAAUAAGUAUCAUGUGUUCUCACGAAGAAAUUACGUGGGAAAUUGUUCCUAAUAAUGUCGCGCAAAGAAUGAUUAACAAUUCGUUAACACACAAAUUCUUGUUAUCACAAAAAAUACGUAAAAGAACAAAGUUAUUUAAUGCUUUGAAAAAGAAUUACGGUAUCAUUAAAGAUUACGAGCAGUAUGUAGCGAUAAAAACUUCUGUUUUGCGAAAAAUAGCUGAUGACUACGACAGUGAUGAUACUGAUAAUUUUAGUGAUCUUGAUUACAGCAUUAUACACAAUUCUGAAUCCAAACUAAAUGAUUAUAGAAUUAAAGAUUCUAAUUCCGAAAUACUUACAAAUAUAAACAGUGAAGAUGAAGACAUGAUUCAAAUAAAAAAGAAGAGUAGAAAAAUCAAAUCUAUGAGAAAGAGAAACACCAAAAAGUCUGUAAAUAUAAAGCAGCAAAGAAAUUCUAUCUCUCAAGUAUGUUUUACUAGUUUUACUAGUAGUGAAGAUGAUAUAUAUAAGGAGAAAGAUAGAAUAACAAGAAAAACUAAGAAAAAUAAUAAACAAUCUGUGAAUAUAAGACAUCAAGAAGAUUCUAGUUUUGAAGCAUUAUGUACUAGCAAUGAAGUUAAUUAUAAAAAACAGAGUCAAGUAACACAGAAGAUGAAGAAUAGUAAAAGCAAGCAUGUGGAGAAGCGGACCAAGAAAUCUGUAAAUAUAGGUUGGCAAGAAGUUGUAAAGAAAAAGAAAAAUAUAUGUAUAUCUGACAAUGGAUAUAAUGAAGAUAUACAGAACCAUAGUAAUCUGAUUACUGUAGUGAAUAAAUCAUAUCUUCAAUCAGAUACUCAAAAUAAUAUAAAAUUUUGCAAAAUGGAAGCUGUAAAUAAAAAUGUAAGACAGAACCAUGAGGAUUCUGAAAUAGAAAGUAAAACCAAUUUUGAAUCAAAUUAUCAAAACAAUGCAAUAGCUUGUAAAAUGGAUUCUGAGAAAAAAGCUAUAGUACAGACAGAAUUUGAUGCAAUAGCAAAUGAAUCAUAUUGUUCAUUGUACACACAUUUGAACCUGGAUGAUGAAAUGGACAAGUCAGCUAUUUUAAACAUCAAAUCUUUGCCUACCAAUGAUAUGUCUUCACCUAUCAGGCAGCCGAGUACAUCAAAAGAUCAAAGUUGUGAGAAAUCAAUUAAAAUAGAAGAGAAGAUAGAUAUGAUAAAUAAGAAUUAUAAUGACACUUGUUUGAGCCCAAAAUCUUCAAGAUUAAUUGACGAUGCCAAGAGAAAUUUAACAUCUAUGUUGGAUACCGUCUACUGCACUCAUCAGGUUUCAUUACCAGAUGCUUCACACGACCAGCAGAAAGACUCUGGAAUCGACGAAGAUUCACAGGAUAAAUUUAUUAAGAAACUCAGCACAGAAAAUCAACAUAACAUGGAAGACAUUGUAAAGGAAACUUCUAUUUUACCUGAAUCUGAGGAAACUGAAAAAAUAACUGAAGAAAUCCAGAAAGAUCAUAAUAAAGAUAUAAGUCCAAAUGUUGAAGACAAUAUUUUGAAAGAACAAGAUAUUGAUAAUAUAGAGGCGAAAAAAAUAGAGACAGAUUCCCUUCAAUUAAACUUGACUGAUAAAGGUGCGGAGAUAAACGAUGAAAAUGUAACGACGGAAAACUCGAACAACCAAAAGAAGCAACUACAGCCAAAAGUUUUAUCCACUAGGAUCGUCAGCCAAAAAUACAGAAUAGUACAGACCGAUGUUAAUUUAGAAUGCAGUCCUAUCAAGCUUAAUAUGUCGACCAGUCCAAAUUAUCCAAAUGUCAUUAGCAACAAUACCAAUACGUCCUUCAAGACGACACAGAUAUCAACCGCGCAAGAAGUUUACGAAAGGCAGGAAGAGAAUAAUACUGACGUAGUGUGCUGUGUGUCACUGCAAACGAAAAAGCAAUUUCAACAACAGACUGAAAAUAGCAAUUCCAACGGUAGCAAGGACGAGAAUGAACAUCACUCGAACAUUGAUCGUAGUUUCAAAGCAGCACAGACAAGCACAAACAAUUCCGACACGAGUUUCCGUUUCAAAGACAAUGAUAAAGAUGAGACGAUUCAAAAGGACGUUUCUAGAAAGAAUACCGAUGUCUCACGUAGAGAUGACACUUGUGAAGGCACUUCGCUUAAAAGCAACAAGAAGAAUUGCGCUUCUAAAGAAAAUUUUACAAAUAUUUUACACGAUGACAAGACUCGCAAAGGCACUCACAAGCAAUGGAAAAACAGAGUCGAAGACGAAGAGAAGAAUUAUGUUCCUGAAGAAAGCAUAAGUAUUUUACACAAUAAAGAUAAUCGCGAAAAGAAGAAUUAUGCUUCUGAAGAAGGCAUAAGCAUUUUACACGACGAAGAUAAUCGCGAAGACGUUGAUAUGAAGGGAAAAGAGAGAUUCGGAAAUAUCGAAAAAAAUAACAUAUCCGAGGAAAGACUUAACAGACCUGUUUCGUUAGAUGGUAAAAAUGUGAGCAAUAAAGCUGAUCAAGAUGAAGACGAAAUGUCUGACCACAAACUCGAAUCGCAAAACGUGCAUUACAGACCACACAAUCUAGAAGAAUUAGUCAAAGACCAAGAAUUACUCAUGGAAAUGCUACCAACGAGUUUAACGCUGGCGGAUAUUUCCGAGAAUGAGCAAGUCUUUAUUUUGAAUAUUCCUAACAAACUACUACAGUGCAAUUUGCAAAAUCAAAAUUUGAUUCUGAAAAAGGAAACGAUUAAAUUCGGUAAAAACAAAUUCCGAAUUGUACACAAUAAAGCGAGUACUGUGUCUUGCGUCUUCGCCACCGGUAAACGACGAAAACCUUACAAACUAGUUAACCUUAAGGAAAUUAGUACUGUCACGGUACGUGAGAAACUAUCACAUCCCAUGGAGAAUUUAGUCGAGUUGAAUUCUCGUGAUAUUGAUAUCUCUUCCAAACAAAAAUCGAAAAAGAGACGUUAUACAUCUAGUAGCGAUCUCGACAAUAAUGACUGGCAAAUAGAUCCAAAGCAGAAAAAAGUAAAAUUGGAUUACUACAAGCCUGAUACGAUGGUACAAUGACAUCAGUGACAAAACAUCUCGGUCAAAUUGUAAAUAUAGAGAGAUAUAUUUUCUGUUGAUCUUAUUAAGUUGUUACAAUUGACAACCAAUAAUGCUUAUAUUUCGUUACAUAAUUUUUAUUGUUUAAAAUAAUAUUUAAACAACGCUUAUUUUAUCGAUGUACAUAUAGAAUGUCCGACUGCUCAUAUAUAGAUACAACUUAUUAAACUAAAUAAUAAAAUCCUUAUUGUUCAUUAUAUACAGGGUGUUUCAUUUUAAGUGAUAUGUUCGAUUAUCUCGUGAAUCGAUGAUUUUAUUGAAAAAUUUUUUCAACGAAAGUUGCAUGGCUUAAAGGGGGAGACAUGAUGGAAAUAUGGAUUUGACCUUGAAUGACUUUGUCAAAAUUAAGUCAAAGUCAUUA